AUGGCAUCUCAAUCUAACGAGGUCGUUUACCGGGCGACUACCACUGCUCCAGUGAACAUUGCUGUUAUCAAGUACUGGGGUAAAAGAGAUACCACUCUGAAUCUCCCAACUAAUUCUUCGCUCUCGGUCACCCUCUCUCAGCGUUCUCUUCGGACUCUGACGACCGCAUCAUGCUCUGCCAAAUACCCCGCAGAUGAUACCCUGAACUUGAACGGCAAGCCGCAAGAUAUCCAGUCAUCCAAGCGAACCCUCGCCUGUAUCUCUAGCCUGCGUACUCUGCGCAAAGAGCUGGAGAAUGCCGACUCUUCUCUGCCUAAUCUUUCCUCCCUCCCCCUCCGUAUCGUUUCUGAGAACAACUUCCCCACUGCAGCUGGUCUUGCUAGUUCGGCUGCUGGCUUCGCUGCCCUUGUCCGCGCAGUAGCCGAUCUUUAUCAACUACCUCAAUCUCCGACAGAGCUGAGUCGCAUUGCACGACAAGGCUCGGGCUCAGCCUGUCGGUCUUUGCAGGGCGGCUUUGUCGCAUGGCGCACUGGUGAGCUUGCUGAUGGCAGCGACAGCUUGGCCGAGGAAGUUGCACCUGCUUCCCACUGGCCUGAGAUCCGGGCUCUUAUUCUCGUUGUCAGUGCAGAAAAGAAGGAUGUUCCUAGCACCGAGGGAAUGCAGACUACCGUCGCUACUUCUGAUCUCUUUGAUCACCGUGCGAAAAACGUUGUUCCUGAGCGUAUGACCGCCAUUGAGGCUGCUAUCCGUGAUCGAGACUUCCCCAAGUUUGCUGAAAUUACUAUGCGUGACUCUAACACUUUCCAUGCUACUUGCCUCGACUCAUGGCCCCCUAUUUUCUACAUGAACGAUGUCUCCCGUGCCGCUGUUCGCCUUGUGCAUGAUAUUAACCGUGCUGUUGGUCGGACUGUCGCCGCUUACACCUUUGAUGCCGGCCCGAAUGCAGUUAUAUAUUACGAGGAGAAGGACUCCGAGCUAAUUGCUGGCACCGUCAAGGCCAUCCUAGGCGCUACCGCCGGCGGCUGGGAGGGUCCAUUCUACGAGCCUUUGGCCCAGAUCACUGCGCCUGGUGUUUCCUUAGACAAGAUUGACCCCCGCGUUCUUGAUGUUCUGAAGGAUGGCGUGAGCCGCGUUAUCUUGACCGGUGUUGGCGAGGGACCCGUUUCAGUCGAGGAUCACCUUGUGUCCGAGACUGGUGAUUUGGUCAACCAAUAG